UCCACGGCGGGGAGUCAAGAGGUGACUCUAGAACUGCUUAAAGAGGAAUUUAAACAGAAGCAGAGAUUUUAUCCCCCUUUAGAUGCCACUGUUCUAGGGGUAAUUUGUGUAAUUUUGUAUUUUUAUUCCCUUUUUGAUCAUUCAAUUGAAGCACAAUGGAUACCUCAGUUUUAUCAGAUAUAGACUACAAUCAGACUUAUGUGGAUGAGCAUUUUUACUUUGAGGACAAUAUUGAUGGUUUUGGCAUCACCAUGGCCAUUCUCUACCUGGUGGUUUGCAUCCUGGGACUUGCUGGAAACUGCCUCGUCAUCAUCGCCAUUUUGAAAUUAGACAAAAUGUCAUCUUCCACAACAGUGUACAUUUUCAACCUGGCCCUUGCUGACGGACUUUUCAUGGUUGGUCUGCCUUUCAUAGCGAGCCAGAACUUCCAGAACCACUGGAUGUUUGGCGACAUGGCGUGCAAAGUGGUUAUGGUGCUGGAUGGCAUCAACCAGUUCACGAGCGUCUUCUGUCUGACGGUGAUGAGCAUUGACCGCUAUAUGGCGCUGGCUGACCCACUUCGGUUUGCACGUUGGAGAACACCACGCUGCGCCAAGAUUGUUUCGGCAUUCCUGUGGCUGUUCUCGCUCUUCACCAUUCUCCCCAUGGCGCUACACUUCUCCGCUGACCGAGGCCUGUGUAUACCAGAUCUUGUCUCGGACAUCUGGUGGCUUGGUGUCCUCUCUUACACCUUCAUCAUGGGGUUUGCUUUGCCAUUCACAGUUAUGACGGCAUCCUAUGCGGCGCUGCUGCUCACCCUGCGGUCCCAGCGAGUCCGAACCUCAAUGCUGAACCAAGAAAGCCACCGGCUGGAACAACAGGUCACCAAAAUGGUGGUGGCGGUGGUGGUUGUGUUUGGCAUGUGCUGGCUUCCGUUUUACACCUUCAACUUCUGCUCCUUGUAUCAAAGUGGUCUGGUCCUGACUUUCGCCAGAGCUUUUGAGUUUGUGGUGCUGUUGUCAUACUCGUGGAGCUGCGCUAACCCCAUCCUCUACGCCUGCCUCUCCGACACCUUUAGGAGGCACUUCCGCAUCCUCCUCCGCCCUGCUGACAAGUCAUCUCCCAGCAUGCAGUGCAACACUGAACGGUAUGACUUAAAUGACACAGGUGUUCGGGAUAUCACCAUUCUGGCAUAGAGAGAAGACUAAAAACUGACUCAGCAUUUAUUUUCAUUUCCUGUCAUGAUGCACUGCAUGAUAUGUUUCAACUAUCAAGUUAUUUACUCAUUUGAUUGUGAUUAACCCUUAUUUGUGGUUUUAUUUUUUCCACUUAACUCAGAACUGUUCAAGAUACGUUAUUACAUUAUUCAUCCUCCAAGAAUGAAGUUCUACAUAUUUUCUUUGAGUUUUUUGUUUCGCAGGUGAUUGGGUUUACUUUCUUCCUGACUGAAUUUAGUUCAUCGCUGUCUCAAAUGCAGGUGUUUGACAAGCACACUUCUGUUAAUGACACACUUCACUUUUUGAGUACUGACUGCAAAUCAUUCUGCCUAGCUGAAAGGUUUACCUUGUCCCUCCUGUGGAAAUGAGAGUUGGCUUUGUACUGUCCAAUUUCUUUCUAGGAGAAGUUUCUUUAUAAAACAAGAAAGGCCAAAAAAGGAAGAAAAAUGCUCAUCAAAUAGCAUAAAUUAAUCUGACUUUGAGGAUUUCUAUAACGCUGUUAUCUGACAAUCCCCUGUCUUGAUAGAGUACAGGCCCACUUCCUGUUCCAGCUGACUCAGACCUGUUGUAAAAUUUGGCAUCAUACAACAUAAUAACUCAGACUGCUGAGGUUACCUGGUCUACUGCAUUCCCUUACACUGCUAUUCACCAGAACUGAUGAAAUGAGGCACAGGAGGCUUGAAGUGUGGACAGGGGCAGUGUAAACAGAAUAGCACGGGUCACAUGCCUUUGGCCAAACACCAUUACACAAAAACGCACACAGACAAGCGCCUUGACUCCCACAGCUGGAUUAUGUCCUAGCAGCUUAUAGUGCAGGAGAGCGUCAGACAUGUGUGUUUGGGCCUGGGUGGCCAUGUACAUGCACCAGUACACAUGCUUACAGGUAGCCUAGUGUGCCUCAGGCUUACCGUGGUAUUCUGCUUGAUGUUGACUGUCUUAAAAGGAUUUCCGAAAGACAGUUUUAAGGAAAUGUCCAUGUUAGUGAAAAAAAUACCAGCACUUGUCUUGCGUCACAGAGUGUGAAACUGCUGUAGAAUGGAUACUCUUCAGCUUGAAAUUUUGACGAAAACCUUGUAUCUUCAAAAUGCCAGCAGAUGAGAAAUUUUAAGAGCAGUCUUGGGUUACUAUAUAUUAUCCAAUCUCACUAGAAAGGCUUUCGUAAACUCACAGAGUGUAAUCCAUCAGUCUUGCUGAAAACCUGACAAUCACCUGAAUUAAAGAAAUGAUUUUCAUGUAAUAGUCAUUAGAUGCAUCUUUUGCUAAACUAUCAUUCAUUUCAGUGAUGUGCCUUUUUCUUUAUGACCCCUUUCUCCAUGGAGUUAACAUGCAUCCUGGGGGGCUUGAUUUGAAGAACAGAGGGCACAAACAGAUAAAAAUCAGAUUUAAAACAAUUCAACACAGAUAGAAGAAUCAAAUCACAGCAUUUAUAUUUUUGCACAAAGAUGCAAACAAACAGGAGACAGGCAACUCAUAUAUAAACACCCCUGUCAAAGGUGGACAGUCAGAACAGAUGUUGGCUGUCAAUUCUCAAGAAUGUAAAUAUUUAUAAAUGAGAAGAUGAUGUCUGUGACAAUCGGUGGUUUGUAGAGAGAAAGAUAAAUCUGUUCAAUCUAUUUACCAGUGGUAUGAGUGCCUCAUUUUAAAACCGGGUGUCAGUGUAAUCUAGUUAUACCACAUCUAAACACAUAUGUUUUGGAUUCAAGACAUGUUGCUGGGGCUAGGACUUCACACAUCACAUCAUAUUCAUCCUUAC